CCACGGAAAAAACAAAAAUUAAAUACGGUAGAGAGAAAAAAAAAAGGAAGAACCCUAAAAAUAUGCAGAUGCAGUCGACAGACUGUUUGUCUUCUUCUCUCCCUCUUUCCCCAACCAGCUGACUACCGAGGGAGCGAGCCAAAGAGCUCUCCAGUGUCCCGCCGACUCCUCCCACCUCCGUUUUGCUUCAAUCGAUCAUUUCCAGUCGGAAGGAUGAUUUGGUGAACAGAGUUCGACUCUGAAGCUCCACCUUGCUCGUCAGACUCUGUAUCAAGAAAACCAAAGCUUCUCUGGUCCACCGACUCCAAGCUUCUUCUUCUUCUCUGCUGCUUCUGAUCGGAGAAGCAGUGUAAACAGAUUGGGUGAUUAGACCUGUUGGGGUUUGGCUAAAUUAAAUGAACGGCAACUACUCUCAUCACAUGCAACAACAGCAGCCUCAGAUUUCGUCUUCAAGAAAAUAGCUCCCACUCCCGCAAAUCAUACCCACAAGUUAAGAAGGAAAGAAAAGAAGGUCAACUUCCUUCCGAUCCACAUCCUCUGUGUAUUGGGGAAGGAGAGUUCAUCUUCCAUUGUCAUUCACUCGCAGCUUGCUUUGCUUUCUGAUGUCGGUUCUUGAAAGAAGUCUGUCAUCCUCUUCAUCGUCGUCUUCCUCGACGAUCUCGGUGGGUUCGGGUGAGCGGGAGAUUGACCCGUUGCUGAACGAUUUGGAUGAGAAGAAGCAGAAAUUCAGGCGCAACGUGGUUUCUUUAGCUUCAGAGCUCAAGGAAGCCCGUGCCCGCCUCUCUUCUCAGCGUGAGUCGUUUGCUAAGGAAUCGUCGAGCAGACAGGAAGCGGAAAACAGAGCCAAGACCAUGGAACAGCAGAUUUGUAGACUCCACCGCACUUUGGAGGAGAAGAAUUCUGAGCUCCAGGCCUCUGCUUCUACUGCCGAGCAGUACCUCAAAGAUAUGGGUAGUUUGAGAUCCCAGCUCGCAGCAACUCAAACAACUGCAGAUGCAAGUGCAGCAUCAGCACAGUCUGCCCAGUUACUAUGCUUGACAUUAGUGAAAGAGCUUGAAUCCAAAGCCAGUUCUUUAAAAGAGCAUGAAGAUCGUGUCACUAGACUAGGAGAGCAGUUAGACAGCUUGCGCAAGGAUCUCGAAGAAAGGGAAUCUUCUCAAAAGCAGCUCAAAGAUGAAGUCUUGAGAAUUGAGCAUGACAUUAUGCAAGCAGUUGCUAGUGCUGGGGAUAGCAAAGACUGUGAGUUGAGGAAGAUUCUAGAUGAGGUGUCGCCUAAGAAUUUGGAGAAGAUCAAUAAGCUUAUGAGCGAUAAGGAUGACGAGAUAGUGAAGUUGAGAGAUGAGAUAAGGGUCAUGUCUGCUCACUGGAACCUUAAGACCAAGGACUUGGAAUCUCAGUUAGAGAAGCAGAAACGAGCUGAUCAGGAAUUGAAGAAGAGGGUUUUGAAGCUGGAAUUCUGUCUUCAAGAAGCUCGUUCCCAGACCAGAAAGCUCAUAAGGAUGGGCGAUAGAAGGGACAAAGCGAUUAAGGAGCUUCAGAACCAGUUAGCAGCAAAGCAGGCAGUUGGUGGUGGAUUCAGCAGCAACGAAAAGCACAACUUUUGGGAGAACUCCAGCUUCAAGAUUUUAGCUUCCAUGUCCAUGUUAGUCCUUGUUAUAUUCUCAAAGCGAUGAGGAUAGUUUCGAUUUAGCAAGAGGUUUGGAGUUACGGUGUAUAGGUGUUCCUCUUCCCCUGUUGGUUAAUUCAAGGGGGGAUCAGAAGAGAGGUUUGUAGAAAAGGCACUUUGUAGUAGUGGCCAUAUGUGUAGGUCUGGUGUAGUGUAAUGCAAAGACUAAUGUGUAGAAUAUGUGGUUCUGGCAGGUGCAAUGCCCACCACAGUAGAGAACUGAAAAGCCUUGAACUCCAUAGAAGCAUCUUUCUUUAGUGUCAAACAAAAUGACCGUUAUGUAGAUUUCACAGUGACAAAGACUGGAAUCCAAUGUGAUCUCAUUUUGGUAUGCUGGUGGAUGAGUACGAUUUGACUUCUGU